UGGAAAUUUUGAGCAUGAGUUAAGGAUAAGGUAGGGGUGUGUGGCCCUGAGCCCUCCCCCCUUUAGUCUCCCAUCAUCCUCUGGAGAGUCAACAACACACGAGCUGCUGCCCACUGCUACGAUGCCCACUUAACCGUGCCUUACAAAGGGCGGUGGUGGCGUGAGGGAGGCAGCAUGAAGGUAGUAUGGGCGGCGGCUGCUGCAGUGUGGUCGCUCCUGCUGGUGACGAGGAUAGAGGCUCAGGCCAGAGACCGUGAACGCCGCCCCCUCAUCAGGCCCCGCCAGGAAGUGGUGACUGCAACAACAGAGAGUGAACCCGGGAACACUGGAAGAAAUGGCUUCACCGUUGAACGCAACUUUACACCUAACCAGCUCAGUAGUAAUGACACCACUGAUGAUGAAGAUGACAACAGCAUAGUUAGCAAUAGCACCACCAGUCCUGUUGAUAGUGGUGCUGGUGCCACUGGCACUGGUCGGCAGCAUGGAGGUGGUGGUAGGCAGUAUGGUGGUGGCAGAAGGCAGUAUGGUGGAGCAAGACAGCAUGCUGGUGGACCACGACAGCAUGCCAGUGGAGGUGGUGCUCGGCAGUUUGGUGGCGGAGGUACUCGGCAGUAUGGGGGUGGCAACAGUGUAAGACAGUAUAAGGGUGGCGGCUCGGCAAGACAGUAUGAGGGUGGCGGCUCGGCAAGACAGUAUGAGGGCGACAGUGGUGGCACUGCAAGACAGUAUGGGAGAGGCGGUGGCAGCUCACCAAGACAAUAUGAGGGCGGCGGUGGCAGCUCAGCAAGACAGUAUGAGGGCGACGGUGGUGGUACUGCAAGACAGCAUGAGGGUGGCGGUGCCAGCUCAGGAAGACAGUAUGAGGGCGGCGGUGGUGGUACUGCAAGACAGCAUGAGGGUGGCGGUGCCAGCUCAGGAAGACAGUAUGAGAGCGACUCCAGCAGUACUGGAGCAGGUGAUGGUGGUGACACAAGAAGGUUGCCUGAUACUGAGAUCUCCCGAAGGCAAAUGGACACCACAAUCCUUCUGCUCCAACGCCUCAGUGACAGGCUAACUUCUAUCGACACUCUUCAGAGCCAACGGGCAGAGAGGAUUGACACCAUUAACUACAGACUUACACGAAUAGAACUUCAGGCAGAGGAACGUAAGAGUGUAAUAAAUGAACUGAGUAAUGCCCUACGCCAUCGUAUGGAGACCACUGACAAUGAACUAGAUACAAUCGUCACAAUCCUGGAUAACAUCAAUAGUGGCAUCACUGGUAUUAACCAACAGCAAGCUGAGCUUAAGGCCACAUUCAACGAAAUCCCAAGGAAUCAAGAUGAUGAUGGACAAAACCUCGGAUCAAGACUACAAGCAGUGAUGGCAACAAUCCAUGGACUCCGCACCGCCACACAGGCAGUUAAAGACAACAUUUCAGAAGUUGGGCAAAACUUAACUGUACUCACCAAUGUCAGCAAGAACCUGGACCAGAUGAGUCAGAACAUGGUCACAAAACAAUAUCUACAACAAAAUCUAAAUGAGAUCAAGAACAAGAAUCCAUCACCGAUGUCCAUGUACGCGCACAUGAUUCAGUCAAGAGGCCCCAGACGAGGGCCAGGCAGUCAAAGUAUGGCCGCCACAGAGCCAGAGGAUUGCUGGAAGCUCCGGCAGAAAGGCAAAAACAAGUCUGGAGUGUACAGCAUCUGGCCCCGCUUCUCCCCGGCUCCUUUCUUUGUCUAUUGCGACAUGGAGACUGAAGGUGGAGGGUGGACAGUAAUCCAGAGGAGAGAAGACGGCUCUGUUGAAUUCCUGCGUGAGUGGAUGGAUUAUAAGUACGGAUUUGGAAACCUAGCCGGCGAAUUUUGGCUCGGGAAUGAAAACAUCCAUCUGCUGACAAACCAACAUGUAUCAAAGUUGCGAAUUGACAUGGCAGACUUCGACCAACAAAAUGGACAUGCAAUUUAUUCUGCCUUUGCAAUCGGUUCAGAAUUGGAAGGCUAUUCACUGAAGUUGCUUGGGGAGUACAGUGGAGACGCAGGAGACUCACUGAGAUAUCACGUGGGCCGUCACUUCAGCACUAUUGAUGUUGAUAAUGAUGCAUGGCCUGAGAGAAGCUGUGCAAGGGAUCAUCAUGGUGCUUGGUGGUACAGGGCGUGUGAAACAAGCAACCUAAAUGGAAGGUAUCUACAUGGACCACUGCCAGGGGAUCAUCAGUACACCGGCCUUUACUGGUAUGACUUCCGGGGACCCCAGUACUCGCUCUGGAGGUCACGUAUGAUGAUUCGUCGGGGAGGCAGCGUUGGAGACCCCAUUUUCAAAGAUUUCAAUGAAGUGCAAAGAAAAGGAGAAACACCAAGGCUCACAGUUGAAGCCCGGCAGCAGAAAACAACUACGACUCCUCCAGACAACUUCAACCCUGAUCACGACCCUUACGCUGUCUACGAAUAUCCAACUUACGCAUAGACCCAAACAUAACUCUCACCACAUAAUUAAGGUUCUGGAUGAGUUAAGUGAUAAAUGUGUGAAUGCCAGACAAAUACACAAUAAGUUUGAUGGACAAAAGUUCAAUCACAAAACCGUCAUUAACAGAUUUAUAAAUUACAAAGUGUUGUAUAAUAAAUCAUAACUGGUACUGUAUAAAGAUCACUUCAUCCACAACUGUGAGAUGUUGGGUUAAGGUAAACUUACAGGUGAGAUAUUCACCACCAUAGAGUAGAUCAAGUUAGUUUACUUCUAAUAUAUGGUAUUAUAAUGAUAAUAAUUAGAUUUAAAAAUGUUGGCCAACUCUUAAACUUUAAUCUUAAUUUUGCUUUUAGCUAUAUUUUAUGGCAAGAAAAUGUAAAGCUUCAGCAAUAUACUAAUUUUAUACUGUUAAA